AUGAGCGAGGACACAGACAAUGUGAAGGUAGUUGUAAGAUGUCGACCAUUGUCUGAACAGGAAGUAAAAGGAGGCCACAGAACGGCCGUGAAUGUAGAUAAGAUAUCAAAAACAAUAUCAGUGGAAAGUCCGAAUGUAAGUUCAUUGAAUACGACUACAUCUCGGUCUAGGACCUCACCAAAACAUACACAUUCGACCAUGUAUUUGACUGGAAUUGUGACCAGAUCACCAUCUACAACACCGUCGCCAGACCGAUUGUAGAGAACGUGCUCAAGGGAUAUAACGGUAUGUUUGCAGUGUAAUGUCACUUUACAUUCAAUCAUUUGAUUCAUUUUCAUAAUGUAAGCUCCAUAUACCUAUAAAUCUCAGCCUGAUACCUUAUACAUCUAAACAUGUUGCAGGGACCAUCUUCGCCUAUGGCCAAACAGGUACGGGUAAGACAUACACUAUGUCGGGUGAAGACAAGAAUCCAGAAGAACGUGGUAUCAUCCCCAACUCUUUUGCUCACAUCUUCGACCACAUUUCAAAGUCGAGUCAUGACAAAACGUAUGUUAUCCUCCCUUUAUCAUAAGGUACCUUUAGAUUCCUAGUCCGAGUGUCAUACCUCGAGAUCUACAACGAAGAGAUACGAGAUCUGUUGGCCAAGAACCAAAAUCACCAUGGUCUGGAAGUAAAGGAACGACCUGACAUCGGAGUGUUCGUCAAGAAUCUGUCCAACGUUACUGUAUCCAGCGCCGACCACAUGUUCAAGAUCAUGCAGUUCGGGAACCUGAAUCGUCACAUCGGAGCUACGAACAUGAACCAGCAGAGCUCACGAUCUCACGCUCUGUUCACGGUGACAAUCGAAUGUUCCAACAACAUCAACGGACAUCAACAUCUGACUCAAGGCAAACUACAUCUAGUAGAUCUGGCUGUAAGUGCAAUUCUACGAACUUUUUGACGAGGAAACUUUUAAAUAAGUUUUAGGAUUAAUUCAUCUUUAAUUUAGUAAAACAUUUAAUCUUUAAACCAUUUGUGCCAAACAUAUAUUUAACCAAAAGGGUAAUAGAUAAUGUAACUCGUUCAGUAAUGUAACUUUACAUUCAUUCAGGGAAGCGAACGUCAAUCAAAGACGGGCGCCUCGGGGGACCGACUCAAAGAGGCGUCAAAGAUCAACUUGUCCUUAUCCACGUUGGGUAAUGUGAUAAGCGCAUUAGUAGACGCCAAGGCUACACACAUACCGUACCGCAACUCCAAACUCACCAGACUACUUCAAGAUUCCCUUGGAGGUAACUCCAAGACGGUCAUGAUAGCUAACAUCGGACCAGCUACGUAUAACUAUGACGAAACCAUAAGCACACUGAGAUACGCAAAUAGGGCCAAGAACAUCAAGAACGUGGCCAGAAUCAACGAAGACCCCAAAGAUGCCAUGCUCCGCAAGUUCCAACAGGAGAUCGAGCAGCUGAGGAAACAGUUGGAGAACGACGAUGGUAAUAACCACCAUUAUCAUCUUUUAAACCUUUACUUUUGCAAGAUAGUUACCUAAAAUAACAAUUUUUCAGGGUAAAUUACUUUAUCCAACGCUAAAACUGAAAAACAAUACCUAAAAUAACAAUUUGAAACAAUUUCAGAAUCCGACGAAAGCGAGUACGAAGACGAUGCUUCAGAAGACAGGAAAGGGCACUACGAAGAACGGAUCAAAGAUCUCGAAACUGACAUUGCCAGUCGAAAACAACAUCUAGGUCAAGUCAGAAACAUUGGGGACGACGAGAGAAGACGUCUGGCUACAGAAUUAUUGACCAAGGAAAAAGAUCUGAACGCAAUUCGAAAAGAAUACGAUAGUCUACAACAAAAACUGGCAGCGAUCGAAAGAAAACUGAUCAUUGGAGGAGAGAAUCUGUUGGAGAAGGCAGAAAAACAGGCCAAGUUGUUGGAACAGAGCAAUUUGUAAGUUAUAUCCCGCAGUUCACAGCAUUUUGAGUAAAACAAGGGGCCAAGAAAGGAAAACAAAUUCAACUAUAAAAAAACAAAAUUAUUUCGAAAUUUGUUGUGGGACAAAAUUUCAAAAUUCAUUGAUAAAUGUGUGACACUUCGUUACAACAAAAAGAUUUUGUUGAAACUUUUUUAGAAAAUUUUUGGAACUAUCGCUGAAGAUUCAGUGAAGAAUUAUGACUGACAUAAAUGGCUUUGAAAUUUUAGGUAACAAAAAACUUACAAUUAAAAACAAAAAAGUUAUUUUACAGGGUGCGUGAAAAGUGGUGUUACCAGGUUUUUAAACCAAAUAUUUACUUUAACAAAAAAUAUAACUAAAACAACAACUAACAACAGUAACAUGUAGUACUAGUUAUAACAUAGUCAAUCAGUUUCAAAGUGUCCCCCCUUUGCGGCUUGGCACAAGCGCAAACGCUUCAAAAAGUUUUCGGUGAUGGGCCGCAGCACCUCCGGUAACAGUUUGUCCCACUCUUCGAUCAAUGCUUGUUUUAAAGACUCUAAAGUUUGGUGUCUUCUACAACACACCCUAGCCUCCAAUAUCGACCACACACGGUAAUACAUAGGAUUGAGAUCGGGAUAAUAUGGAGGCCAUUCAGCAGAUGCGAUGAAGUCAGGGAAAUGGGUUCGACGCCACUCUUUUGAGUUUGCUUUAUGGGCCGAUGCAGACUCUUGCUGAAAGAUCCAUGCGGCACCUUUGAAGCUUCCGAGCCCAAGGGAGUACCACAGAUUCCAAAAUGUCCCUUUGAUACACUUCUUUGUUGAUCUUCACGCCUUCAUCGACAAAAAUCAAAGGAAUCUUGCCUGAAGCACAGAUACCGGCCCAAACCAUAAUGCCCCGAGGGUGUUGACGACUUGCCACGAUGGCUUCAGCUUUAGGAGGCUCUGUUGAGUAUUAUCUGUCAUUUUGUUGAUUUUAGGCCUCUGUACAAGGUAAAUAUCUUCUCAUCAGUGAAAAGAAUUCAUUCCUAUUUUUGACCAGCGGCCCGCUGCUGAAGCAGUUUACAUUUUGUGAAACGUACCGCCUUGUUUUCUUCAGUUAGCUUCUGAACUUUUUUGAGUUUGUACGGCUUCAUCUUAUGUUUCUUUUCCACUAUGCGCCCCAAAGUAGUUUCUUUGAUUAACGCCUCCCGGGCCGUUUUUCGUACUGGGGUCCGUGGAUUUCGCUUGAAGCGCUUCUUGAUCAUCUGACGAUUGGCCACGGUGUUAAAAGAUGCUGGACACCCACUUCUAGGUCUGUCACAGUCAUGUCUAAGCUUUUCAAAACGUUUUACGGCUCUGUGGACUGUCUUUCUUGAAAUAUUCAGCAAUUUCGCGAUUUUGGGGUUACAUUUUCCUUCAUUAUUUAAUUUGAUGACGGUAGCCCUCAUGUUUGACAUCUAAAUACAGACAGACGGUAGGCAAUGAAAACUUCACUUUUAUAAUUAUACAAUAAGAAAACCACGGAGAAUAAGACAAAAUAAAAAAUUUUAAAUAAUUUAACCGCAACAUAGAGAAAACGACCGGUAAAGUUUGGUAACACCACUUUUUACGCACCCUGUAUUUAAAAUCAAAUUGUUUAGAGAACUGGAACAAGCUAAAGCUACAGAGUCGGACCUCAUGAAGCGUUUGGAGCAUCGACAAGCCGAGAGAUUGGACAUCGAAGAACGCUACAACAGUCUACAAGAAGAGGUGAUGGUGAAGAACAAGAAGCUGAAGAAGGCCUUCACCCAUUACCACCAAGCGAAGGCUGAACUCGAAGAUAUUGAGACAGAACACCAACGGGAGAUGGAGGGCAUGCUGGAGAACGUGAGAGAGCUUCAGAAGGAGCUCAAGUUGUAUAUUACACUCAUCGAGGCCUAUAUACCUGAUCAGUAUGUGGAUCUGAUUGAGAAGUACGUCUGCUGGAACGACGAGAACGGAGAGUGGCAGCUAAAGUGCAUAGCGUACACGGGCAACAACAUGAGAUCAGCCGACCCAAUUACUGCGUUCUCGAGGGUAAACGAGGGACAGCUGAGACCAUUGUACUUGUCGUACAAUGACUACGUCGACUCGAAGGUCGAGGCGGCCGUCGAGAAGCCGGCUUUUAGGCCAAAGUCAGCUAUGAGGUAAGUGAAGGUUACAAUUGUGUUAUAGUAGUGAAUAUGAAAGUUGGUUUUGAUCUUUUUAUGGACUAACUUUUUAGUAUCUAUUUCUAGUAAAGUAAAUAUGUAAAGUUAUUAAAGUAUCUAAACCUUAUUUUAGGUAGUGAAAACUGAAAGAUUUAAUUUUCUGGUUUUAGAGAUCGCCAAACCGCGAAGAUCAUGGCUUUGUUAGACUGA